AUGUCUGGCGAAACGAAAGCUGAGGAAGUGAAGUGCUCCUUGGGAGUAGAUGCGAUUGAGAGAAUCCCCUAUCCGCACAUUCGAGGCAGCACUGCCUAG